AUGUUUCGCAACGUUGACAUCUUCAUAUUCGUGUUCGAUAUGAAAAACGAAAACGAAGAAUUAGCCAAGGAUUUGAAUUUCUACCAAACAUGUUUAAGUGCUAUUUGUGAACAUUCUCCUUCUGCUAAAGUGUUCUGUUUAAUACAUAAAACAGAUCUGGUAGCACAAGAUCAAAGGAAAAAGUUGUUUGAAGAUCGUCAAAAUGAUCUAAUUAACAUUUCCAAUCCGGUAAACAUUACUUGCUUUAUGUCAUCAAUUUGGGACGAAUCAUUAUACAUGGCUUGGUCUUCAAUUAUUAACAGAUUAAAUGUUCAGAAACCGGAAGAAACAAUGGACAAAUUUACUUCUCUAAUGGAAUGUAAUGAGGUAAUAGUGUAA